AUGAACUUUAUUCAAUUCUGCAAUCAGCCUCACACUCUCUUUGAAAAGCAACAUGAACUCUUCCUAAGGGGUAUUCAACCAUCAACGCCAAGUUUUGAUUGCAUGUCUCCUCCAGAAAAAAUAGCUACAGUUACUACAGAAGUUUAGGACUGUGAUGACAUUGUUACUGCUUGGUAAGACUUCAUUGAAGGAGAUUCUGAAUUAGAUCUGUUAAAUGGCCUCAAUUAAGCAUUCAAAGAGACAAACUAAAAGAAAGAUAGCCUUAUUUAGAUCUAGGAGCAGAUGAAUGCCAAUCAAAGAAGUUAAACUACAGUAUAGCAUGUAAAGAAAAUAAGAAAAGCAAAAUUAUCAGGAAUUUCGUAGAGAAAUUUUCAAAAAUUGAUACCAUAAUUUAAAUUGAAACAGCUAAAUUAAAAAUAGUAGAAGCCCUCAAAUCAUACUACUACUUCAUCGUAAGUAAAAUAGAAUGGUGCAGAUAAACAGAGUACAAUUAGAAGUAAUGUUAAGUCAUUCUUGGUUAAGUAUAAGUAACAGUAAAAUAUAUCAAGUAAGGUCAAUAGCAAAUAAGCAGAGAAUCAAGCAAGCAAAAGUAAUAGUUAAAAUGUAUAGUCAUCUGACGAAAAAUAUUGCAGCUAGAGUACAGAAUGCCAAUCAAAUUCUUAGUCAUAGGUUUACAGAACUAGUGAUUAAACUUACAUUAGCACAAACUAAGAUUAAGCUAGGAAUCUAAGCAGAAAGAGAUAAAAUAUAAAAGCAGUGCAUUCGUAAUUAUCAAGUAGAUUAGGUUAACAGAAUACAACACUAGCUAAUAUGGUUUAGACAGCUUAGUAAAAGAACUUCUCAACAAUAAUAGAUCAUUAGUAAUCAUUCAGCAUGAGAAACUAUUCUUAAACGAGAUCUCAAAAAGAAGAGGGUUAGAAUGAUUUGUCUCAUUUAGGCAAGAUUUAUGAUCAGAUAAGAUCUCAUACAUCAUAAACUAUAGCUAGUCAGGACAAACUUAAUGUUUCGAUAAAACACUUACAGGAUUUGAUAAUCAAAGUGUCGAUUGAGUAAAAGACACUAAUUAAUCAAGUUAAAGAUCAAAUUUAGAUGAAUUAAUUAAGUAAAAGGCAAGUAGAUGUGAGUCCUAAUUUUAGGUCUUAAAAAGCUAUUUAUGAGGAUAAGCUAUAAAAAUCAUUUAAAUCUCCUCACCAGUUGCUGAAACUAAACCAAAAACUGAAGAGAAUUCUAGAUGGCUAAUAAGAGAUUAUCAAAUCACAUCUGAGUAGCAGACAAACUAAGAUUUCUUCAAUAGAAGAAAGCACUAUUCAAGAUAUGAGGUAAAUGACUAUUGCAAAAGUAAAUAAGGAACAAGAAAGGUUGAGACAACCAAAGAUAAAUGAUGCAGUCAAGCAAAAUGUGAGAAGAGACUUGAGUAAUUUAGGGUUUAGAAAAAGACAGGAGAUUUACAACCAGUGUACUACCUAAAUGUAAAUAUAAAAUUGA